UGACGACAACCCCCUUACCCUCAAUCCUCUCCCCACCUUUUCCACACAUAAACAUACAUACUAAACACACACACACACACACAGACACCUCACUCUCAUCCCGCAGCCAAUAAGGGCCUGAUGAGCUCAAGUAUCACUAUAACACAAGGACUUAUUCUCUGAGCGGAGCCGGCUGAUUCUUACAGACCUUCAUCUUCAUCGUCGGAGGAGCUUCUUUUCCUCUCUGAGGUGUGAAGUCUGCUGUCACCAUGUCUGACACCGAGGAAGUGCCACAUGUCGUGGAGGAAGACCAGGAGGAGGAAGUAGAAGUAGAAAUAGCUCCUGAGGCGGAGGCCCAGGUAGAAGCAGAGCCAGAGGUAGAGCCUGAACCAGAAGCAGAGCCAGAGCCAGAGGUGCAACAGGUUCAUGAGGAGGAAGAGGACUAUGAAGAGGAAGGGGAGGAGGGAGAUCAAGAUGAAAAGCCAAAGUUCAAACCAAGUGUUCCGAAGCUGCCUGAAGGCGAGAAAGUAGACUUUGAUGACAUCCAGAAGAAACGUCAAAACAAAGACCUGUAUGAGCUGCAGUCACUGAUCGAUGCUCACUUUGAAUGCAGGAAGAAGGAGGAGGAGGAGCUCAUUGCUCUCAAAGAGAGAAUUGAGAAACGCCGUUCUGAGCGAGCCGAGCAGCAGAGGGUUCGUGCUGAGAAGGAUAAAGAGCGGCAGGCCAGGCGGGAGGCUGAGCGACAGAGAAAGGAGAAUGCCGACGCUCACAGGAAGGCUGAGGAUGACGCCAAGAAGAAGAUGGCGUUGACCAACAUGGGAUCCAACUACAGCGGCAUCCUGCAGAGGACUGACCAUAAGAGAGCCAAGAAGCAGACUGAAAGAGAAAAGAAGAAGAAGAUCAUGGCAGAGAGAUGCAAACCCCUGGACAUCGAAAACUUCAGCGAGGACAAUCUGAGGGAAAAGGCAAAAGAGCUGUGGGAGUGGCUGCAGAACCUGGAGGCAAUUAAAUACGACCACUGCGAGAAGCUCAAGAGACAGAGAUACGAGGUGAUCUCUCUCAGAAACCGCAUCGAUGAGCUGCAGAAACACAGCAAGAAGGGAGCCGCCACGCGCCGCAGGAAGUGAGCGGCCCCUGAGUGACGUCGAGCCCCGGACAGGAGGCACGUCCACGCCCCCCCUCUCCGCUUAUAAGAGCGGCUCAGAUCCCGCAUUAGACACCUGCAGCUCCGGAACAAAGGCAUCAACUGGCAACAGUCUUACAGCCUGUGUCUGCUUGAGUGAAAUGUUUUUCUGGAUGAAUUUAGCUCCAAUAAUGAAAUUUUAAUUCACUGUGUUUGUGUAAAAAGACAAUAAAAUGCCAGAAUUAUUAAUCC